CAGCACCGGGAGGUCUCUCUAGAAUCCGCCGCCAUUCAUCAUCCGGCCACCGCGGUCAGCAGCAGUGCCCUGAGCUGAGUUUGCCGAGCGCGCAGUGAACGGUUGCUGAAGAAUCCUCAAAAAUCCAACCUCCAAAAGUGGGCACCGGAGAGCAGCUUAGAAAAGAAAAAGAACCAACCGCGGGUGCGUCUUUGGGUGUGUGUGUGUGUGUAUAUAGUGUCGAAAAGCAUACCGAAGGAACGCGAACUGCGUGCCUAUUUCAUACAAUUUGCUUCCGUUCUACGGUGCGGCAUUCAUAUCGUACCAUUUUCUCUCGCUCUGUGCUCUUCGCCGUGAGGGCGAACAAAAGUGAGUGCGGGGCCGCUUCCGGUGCCACCGCGCGGUGAAAACUCUUCCGGCGCCACUCUAAAUGGUCUGGUGUGACAAAUCUGGGUCGAUUCCGUGUUCCAUGCGCCCGAACGCCAUCGCGAUGGCGGUCCGGUAGAAUUUCGUCCUUAGCGAAAAAGAGAGAGCUCACAGAAGCACGGGAGAGAGUGCAGGUUUGGGGCUGGAUUUUUAUUGUUGUGCCUAAUUUAGUACGCCCAGCAAAGGAUUGCGGAGACACUUUUCAUCGAGCAAGCAGCAGCAGCAGCACCGUCCGUCGGCCACCACGAUCCAUUUUCACCAAGGACACCAGCACCAAAAACUGAUCCCCGAUGCCAUACAUUCUCAUCCGCGGCAAUCUCGCCUCCUACGGUCAUAAGCAUCCGUUUCGCGUGCUAGUCUCGGGGUUGAAGGCGGCCGACCUCGAGCAGCUGAGCAGAUUCCCGUGCGGCGGUUACAGCGAUGAGUCAACCGUCGUCUAUCUGCAGCAUCCGUGCGUGAUACUGACCGCACUGGAGGUCCUCGGUUACCGUGUGGUUGCCUCCUCGUCGACGGCGGUCAAGCAGGACUACAAUGAAUAUAUGUGGACAAUGCGGAAAGAAUUCAGCGAUCCCGAGCCAUACCUGGGCGACACGUCGGCUUCGCUGUUUGAGCGGGAUAAUCUGACCAACAGUGGCCGAGAAGGAAACGGACCAAAGAGUAAAAUCGACGUACCCGAGUAA